AUGAGAGUGCUCUGGUUGAUUUUUGAGAAGUCUUUGACGAGCGGUAUUUUUCCGAGCCUGUGGAAAUUGUCUAUUGUCACUCCAGUAUUUAAAGGUGGUGAUAGGUCUUUAGUCUCCAACUAUAGACCGAUAAGCAAACAGAACCUAAUGCCAAAGAUUUUCGAGAACAUUGUUGCCGGAAAGCUCUCGGCGCUGUCAAAGAAUGCAAUAAUCGAUGAGCAACAUGGCUUUGUGGCUGGUCGCUCUACUUUAACUAAUCUACUUAUUUACCAUGACUCCAUAAUUUCUGCCGUUGAGGAGAGCUCACAAAUUGAUGCGAUAUACACCGACUUUCGGAAAGCUUUUGAUAGUUGA